AUGGGGGGAAGUCUUGUGACUAGAUCAGCUGACCUCUGUAUUACACAACCCAAACUUUGUUCUAAGUAUAAUCCUUCGAAACCUAAAGUAUUCUCGUCGAUUAUUCGUAGAUUUCUUCCUGUAUUCCUAGUCUCAAGUUGUUCUCUCCUGUCUAGUACUUCUCUCCUGUCUAGUAGUUAUCUGGUCCGCUCUAGUUGUUCUCUCCUAUCUGGUAGUUCUCUCCUGUCUAGUAGUUCUCUCCUUCUAGUAGUUAUCUGGUCCACAGUAGUUGUUCUCUCCAAUCUAGUAGUUCUCUCCAAUCUAGUAGUUCUCUCCUGUCUAGUAUUUCUCUCCAUUCUAGUAGUUCUCUCCUUUCUAUUUGUUGUCUCAUGUCUAGUAGUUCUCUCCAGUCUAGUUGUUCUCUCCUAUCUAGUUGUACUCUCCUCUAUAGUAGUUCUCUCCUGUCUAGUUGUACUCUCCUGUCUAGUAGUUCUCUCCAGUCUAGUAGUUCUCUCCUGUCUAGUAGUUCUCUCCUGUCUAGUUGUACUCUCCAGUCUAGUUUUACUCUCCUAUCUAGUAGUUAUCUCAAGUCUAGUAGUUCUCUCCUUUCUAGUAGUUAUCUCCUGUCUAGUAGUUCUCUCCUGUCUAGUAGUUCUCUCCUGUCUAGUAGUUCUCUCCUGUCUAGUUGUUCUCUCCUGUCUAGUAGUUCUCUCCUGUCUAGUAGUUCUCUCCUGUCUAGUAGUACUCUCCUAUCUUGUAGUUUUCUCCUGUCUAGUUGUUCUCUCCUAUCUACUAGUUCUCUUCUGUCUAGUAGUUCUCUCCUAUCUAGUAGUUCUCUACUGUCUAGUUGUUCUCUCCAGUCUAGUAGUUCUCUCCUCUCUAGUUGUUCUCUCCUAUCUAGUAGUUCAUUCCAGUCAAGUUGUUCUCUCCUUUCUUGUAGUUCUCUCCUGUCUAGCAGUUCAUUCCAGUCUAGUUGUUCUCUCCUAUCUAGUAGUUCUCUCCUUUCUAGUAGUUAUCUGA